AACCGAGCUGGCUAACAGCACAUGGGGAUGUCGAAACUUGUCCGAAUGCGUUUGUCAGUCUUGGUUUGCAUGUGGAGGGCUGCAUGUGUUGGAUCGUGAAAUUUUGCAUUCAUCCAGACGUUCCGUUAUUUUAUUGUAGUGUCUCAUUGUGUGCUGUCGUGGAUAGAAUGAAAAUUUUGAAUGAGAGGAACCUGGCUGCAUUCGGAGCUGCGCCGUCGACACCUGCUGAUAAACAAGGGUGGCUUUUCAAGCGUGGUGAAACAAAUCGAGCAUACCAGAGGCGUUGGUUUUCCUUGAAGGGGAAUCUUCUGUUCUAUUUUGAAAAACCAAAUGAGCGUGAACCGAUUGGCGUCGUAAUUCUGGAGGGAUGCACAAUCGAAUGUUCGGAUGGAGAUCCGUACAGCUUUGAAGUUGCUUUCCAUGGGCCAGGUACAAGAACAUACUACCUUUGUGCUGAAUCUCAGCGCUCAAUGGAAGAUUGGAUGAAAGCUCUGUCGUGUGCGUCGUACGACUACAUGAAAAUGAUGGUGACAGAGCUUCAGAGGCAAGUGGAUGAGCUGGAAGGCGGCGAACGAUCCAGAGACUCGAUGGGGGUACCACCUGGAUUCUUUCAUGCUCACCCGAAUGGAUCAGUUGCUCUUCCAGUUGCCCAAGAGUCCAAAAUUAAUUCCGCGAAUUCUUCUCAAGUAUCCGGUCGCACGUUGUUUUCCAAACUAUCGCUACGAACAUUGUCUCGAGAUGGACCCGGGAAGGUUCUUCCCAUGCAUUUGCGACUUCCUUUUGGUCAGAUGCAUGAAUUUUUCAAAUGUAGCCUUAUGCAGAGCCCCAUUUUUCCACCAAAUUUCGAAUCGGAAACGAAUAACAACAGCAAGAUUGCGCAUCGCUUAGAUGAAAAGCGGAACGAACUUAUAAGUCUGUGAUUUGUUGGAGGCGAAUAUUCCAGUCGAAUUUACCAAGAUUAAUCUUCAUACUCCGUCUUCGUGAAGUUUACUGCGUAUUUGAAUUCUUGUCAGUGCCAUGUAUUUUGAUCAAAUCGACGUUAUUCGGAGCUUCCUUGAAGCACUUCCUGCAGAUUGAGUUGCAGUAUUCCUGUAUUCGUGACGCUCCUGUAUUCCUUCGGCGUAUUUGCGGAGUUGAAGGACCAUUUAGGAAGGGGCCCGUUCAGUGAAACUGUUGAGGAAUCAGGUCUGCUUUUGUUUUUUGGAAACCUACUGUUUUUGGCGCAUAAAAUAAGUUUGAAUUGAAACGUUCAAAGAAGCUUUUGUGCCAACGUGUUUCAAGGAAAGCUGGAUCGCGUGGUGUCAGUUAAUGUUCGAACGUCGUGGCGAAUUUGUGAGCUUUAUGUAGGUUUGAGAACGAAACAAGUUCAUCGAGGAUUCCGGGUACUUGGAUGCAAUGUGGAAUGAUGGGGCUCAGCCGGAGAAGAUACAACGGGAGAAGUCAAUAUCGCGAAAAGUUAACCUUUGCAUGUGUUCAAGUAAUAUCUGAUGUGCGAUCGUUGCAUUGAAUGUGGUUGUAUUAACAGAACUAAAAAUUGUCAUCGACUUCAAAUGGAAA